AUGUCUUCCACCACACCUAAAAGGCAGCUUGUGGCAUCCAACCAGAAGGUGAUCCAGUAUAAGGCGACAAGUGGGUUUAUCUUUCAGAUCUUCAUCAAAUCCAAACUACUACCGUCACAAAUCAGCAUCUCUGAACUGAUGUCCUGCCCACUGACUGUGACUCCAUACUCCAUCUCAACAGUUGCUGGAUUCUUUGCAAAAAACAAUAAAGCACAGGGGAUGAACCUCAUGAUUAAAGAUGCUGAGAAUGUGGAGCUCCCCGCAGCUAGUCAGUGUGGUCUGUGCCACUUUCUACAUGAGCAAUGUGCCCCAGACAGUGAAAACCAUUUCAGAAUGUAUCACCAAAAUCAACCUCCUGCAGCAGAAACGGUGUUCAGUACAGAUACCUAUGUUGACCGUCUUCACUCUCCAAAGUCAGCUGAGAGGGACCGUAGAGGUUGUGAUGAGCAGUAUAUAGUCAAUGGUCUGAAUGUUCCCCGACCUGCAGAUUGGAAAGGGUUUCUCUCAAAUGAUGACAACAAGAAGUCACUCAUACAUUUGCUUCUUGAGCACUGGAGCUCCACAGAAAUGUUGGAAGUGAUACAGCAAAGGUCCAUUAUCUUUAUUGAGGCUGGUCAAGCUUAUAGGAUUAAAGUUGAAGAUGGAGUGGUUUCAAAGGCACUUCUUCCUGACCUCUGUUCAAAACAUGAAGAAACUGAUGUGAGGGUGAUCAUCUACAUUAAUCACAUACAAAACACAUUGCCUCACAUCAGAACUGUCAGAGUCAGACCCAAAGACUCAGACAUUUUCUUCAUUCUCCUCUACUAUGCCAAGACCUUCACAGUAGACGUGAUAUUUGACAUGGGAGAUAAGCUCAUAAACAUCAACCAUCUGGCUGAAGACUAUUCCCAAGAGCAUAUCUCGGCCCUGCUGGCCCUGCAUGCCUUCACUGGUGCUGACUGCACCUCAACAUUCAAAGGCAAAGGAAAGGUGCGACCUAUGAAGCUUUUGAACAAGCAGUCAAAGUUCAUAGAGAUCUUUGCCGCAGUGGGGAACUCUUGGGAACUUGAUGGGUUUGUACUAUCUGGUAUUGAGGAGUUCACCUGCCACCUCUACAGCUUUGGUCCUCGAGUGAAGCGUGUCGAUGAGGCAAGAGAGAUCAGGGUGCAGAAAAUGUGUGGCCUUGAGCUUCGCCCAGGUCUCUCCAUUGACCUUUCCACCUUUCCACCGUGCAAGAGGGUUCUCAUUCAGCACAUCAAGAGAGUGAAUUUUCAGGUAUGCAUCUGGAAGAGGGCUCACGAGAACAACCCAGCAAUCCCAUCACCUCUUGACAAUGGAUUUCAUCUCAACAUGGAAAAUGGAAAACUAGAGCCUCUGUGGUUUGAAGGUGAUGUCAUCCCAAAAGCCCUCAUUGAUGUCUUGGUUGAGGAGGGGACAGAUGAGGAUGACCCGGAAGAAAUCCAUACAUACAUAAAUGAUGAUGAGGAAGACGAAUAUGAUGAUUAA